CAGGCUCAGCCAAUGCUUGAGGGUUAUUCCAAUCCAGGCAUAUGGCUGGGCCAUGUUCCAGAGAGUACUGGCCUCUCUGUAAGAGCCCGUAGUGAUGUCACCAUUUUUGUGAGUGGUAACUUUGUGGUAGAUGCUGCGUUUUAGAAGUGUUUUGUGAAUUAACCAGGGAGUUGUCACAGAUUAGUACGCGGGUGUGGGUUAUGCCCUUAUCUGAGGGUAAGAAAUAAAAGUAAGUGAUCGAGAGCCAGGGUAUUGUGGAAGCAUGCUGCCAGAAUGUGGGAGCAUAGAAAGCUAUAGUGCACGAGGAUAGGGUGCACUGGUCCCCUAACUCCAGGUGGCUGCUUUCUCUACUCUUCAUGAAUGAAGGGGCCAGGUUCUGGACUACUUUAACACUAAGCUACCAUUUCCCAGUGGAUUGAGGGAAACUAAUACCUUUGCCCCAUGGUAUCAAGUACUCCCUAACCCACUGUGAAAGGAACUCUCUUCUUGAAACACAGAAGAGAGCACAAAGAGGAAAGAGCCAAGGAAGUAGAGCAGCAUCAAGGUGGAAGCAGAGAUCUGUUAGUCUAGGUCUUCAGGACUCCCAGUCAAGUCCCCACUGGGAUUUGGGCUAGAUCAGUAGACUGGGCACAGGGGAGCAUUACCUCUUAGGUUAAAAAAAAAAGGCAGUAAAUGAAAUCACUUAAUGUCAGAAAACUGAUUUGCAGAUGAGGAAUUCAUAGAGAUGGCUACUCUAGGAGUCUCUAAGUAGAGUUUUUCAGAAUUGGUGAAACCAUAAAGCCCAGAGGUCAUGCCUCGCUUCUAGUCACCCUCCUGGGUGACCCGGAUCAGUCCCAGAAAUGUUCCCCCUUCCACAGACUGUGAUGCUCAUUCCACAGCUCAAGUCUAGAAUCUCAAGAAAGCUGAGUUCUAUACCAUCAGCUGACAUUGAGAUUCCUCAAAGCAUUGCUGGAAAGUCAGAGCAAGACUGUAGAAGAUCCUAACAAAUCUCUUCUCUCAUCUUAGCAGCGUUUGGCAGGAUGGGGGUGGGAGGGGGAACUCAUGGGCUUCGCCUUCCCCAGAAGGACAAACUUUUGUUGGUCCAGGCAAAGUAGUGGAAGCUUCUGAAGUCAUGCAGGAAGUUGCUGGAUGAGAACACUGGGAAGUUUUGUACUACUUUGUCUUCCCUGUUGAGCACCAUCUGAGCUGUCAAAUUUUGCUGCCAAGGGGGCUGAAUCAACCUGCAGCACGAAACGAGUGGGGAGGCAGGAGGCUUCUGUGACACAGAUUUGCAACACCCCGUUCCUAAGGUUUCCAGGACUGAGGAGACUUCAUAAUUGGUUCAGAGCAGACAGACUUUUUGGCCAAUCAGACUCAGAGCUGAGGUGGGGGAUCUGCUCUUCCUGCCCGCCUCUCCUCCCCCAGCUCCCCAGCUCCACUCAGAUUCAAUUCCCCUCCCCCUGCCCACCCACCCCCGCCAUUUGGUGACUAAGAAGAACUGCUGCAGGCAGACAAACCCCGGAGCAGUUUUUAAGAGGCUGGAAGGAGACACGAGAUUUCAGCUGCUACAUUCCAAGCUCUGGGUCUACCUUGGAGACGGUUCGGCAAAGUCAGUGUCCAGGAAGGGACUUCUGGGUCAUGGGGCCCAAGACACACCCACAGCUCGCUGGGAAAUGGCAAGUGCUGUGCAUGUUGUCCUUGUGCUGGGGCCGGGUGUCUGGGCAGCUUCGUUACUCAGUGGUGGAGGAGUCUGAGCCAGGGACGCUGGUGGGGAAUGUUGCUCAGGAUCUAGGCUUAAAGAUGACAGAUCUGUUGAGCCGCCGACUGCGGUUGGGCUCUGAGGAGAAUGGGCACUAUUUUUCCCUGAGCUUCAUGAGUGGUGCUCUGGCAGUAAAUCAAAAGAUUGACCGAGAGAGCCUGUGUGGAGCCAGCACCAGCUGCCUGCUGCCAGUGCAAGUAGUGACCGAACACCCACUGGAACUAAUCCGUGUAGAGGUAGAGAUCCUAGAUCUCAAUGACAACUCUCCUAGCUUUGCCACCCUUGAGCGAGAGAUACGCAUCUCAGAAUCAGCCACAUUUGGGGCCCGAUUCCCACUGGAUAGUGCCCAGGAUCCAGACGUGGGCACCAAUACUGUGAGUUUCUACACUCUGAGCCCCAACAACCACUUCUCUCUGAAUGUGAAGACCCUAAAAGAUGGGAAGCUGUUCCCAGAGCUGGUACUAGAGCAGCAGCUGGACCGUGAAACCCAGGCAAGACAUCAGUUGGUACUCACUGCUGUGGAUGGGGGUAUCCCAGCCCUUUCAGGGACCACCCUUAUCUCUGUCAUUGUGCUGGACAUCAAUGAUAAUGCUCCAACCUUCCAGUCCUCAGUUCUACGUGUGGGACUCCCAGAGAAUGCACCCAUGGGUACACUGCUGCUCCGCCUCAAUGCCACUGAUCCGGACGAGGGCACCAAUGGCCAAGUAAAUUAUUCUUUUGGAGACCAUACAUCUGAGGCAGUACGGAAUCUCUUUGGCCUAGAUCCUAGCAGUGGAGCAAUCUAUGUUUUGGGUCCCAUAGACUUUGAGGAGUCAAGUUUCUAUGAAAUUCAUGCAAGAGCCCGUGACCAGGGACAGCCAUUCAUGGAAGGCCACUGUGUGAUUCAAGUGGAUGUGGGGGAUGCCAAUGACAAUGCCCCAGAGGUACUACUGGCCUCUUUGGUCAACCCUGUCCUGGAGAGCACACCAGUGGGCACAGUAGUGGGAUUGUUUAACGUGCGGGACCGAGACUCAGGGAGAAAUGGUGAAGUGAGCCUUGAUAUCUCUCCGGACCUGCCAUUUCAGAUUAAGCCUUCUGAGAACCAUUACUCACUGCUAACCAGCCAGCCCUUGGACCGUGAGGCCACAUCCCACUAUAUCGUGGAGCUGCUGGCCAGCGAUGCAGGGUCACCUCCCCUGCACGCACAUCUCACCAUCAGGCUCAACAUUUCAGAUAUUAAUGACAAUGCACCCUACUUCAUCCAGCAGCUCUAUAUGGCUUACAUCCCAGAGAAUCGGCCUCCAGGUUCCCUUCUCUGCACUGUGACUGCCUCCGAUCCAGAUGCUGGGGAUAAUGCCCGUCUCACCUACUCCAUUGUAGGGAAUCAGAUUCAGGGAGCCCCAGCCUCCUCCUUUGUGUAUGUCAACCCUGAGGAUGGGCGGGUCUUUGCCCAGCGCACCUUCGACUAUGAAUUGCUGCAGAUGCUACAGAUCACGGUGGGGGUUCGAGACUCUGGCUCUCCCCCAUUGCAUGCCAACACAUCUCUGCAUGUGUUUGUCCUGGACCAGAAUGAUAAUGCCCCAGCGGUGCUGCACCCAAGGCCUGGCCGGGAACUCUCAGUCCCCCAUCGUGUCUCUCGCUCUGUGCCUCCUGGCUCCUUGGUCACCAAGGUGACAGCCGUGGAUGCUGAUGCAGGCCACAAUGCAUGGCUCUCCUAUUCACUGUUGCCACAGUCCACAGCCCCAGGGCUGUUCCUGGUGUCUGCACACACUGGUGAGGUGCGCACAGCCCGGGCCUUACUGGAGGAUGACUCUGACACUCAACAGGUGGUGGUCCUAGUGAGAGACAACGGUGACCCUUCGCUCUCCUCUACAGCCACAGUGCUGCUGAUUCUGGAGGAUGAGGACCCUGAGGAAAUGCCCAAAUCCAGUGACUUCCUCACACACCCUCCUGAGCGUUCAGACCUUACCCUUUACCUCAUUGUGGCUCUUGCAGCCAUCAGCCUCUUGUCCUUAGUCACCUUCACCUUCCUGUCAGCUAAGUGCCUUCGGGGGCACGAAGAUGGGGAUGGGGGUGGGGGCCAGUGUUGCAGGCGCCAGGACUCACCCUCCCGGGACUACUAUAAACAGUCCAGUCCCAACCUACAGGUUAGCUCAGAUGGCACCCUCAAGUACAUGGAGGUGACGCUGCGGCCCGCAGACUCGCAGAGCCAUUGCUACAGGACGUGCUUUUCACCAGCCUCGGAUGGCAGCGACUUUACUUUUCUAAGGCCCCUCAGCGUUCAGCAGCCCUCAGCUCUGGCGCUGGAGCCUGACUCCUUCCGGUCCCGCUCUAACACGCUGCGGGAGCGGAGCCAGCAAGCCCCACCCAACACGGACUGGCGUUUCUCUCAGGCCCAGAGACCCGGCACCAGCGGCUCCCAAAAUGGCGAUGAAACCGGCACCUGGCCCAAUAACCAGUUUGACACAGAGAUGCUGCAAGCCAUGAUCUUGGCCUCUGCCAGCGAAGCCGCUGAUGGGAGCUCCACCCUGGGAGGGGGCGCUGGCACCAUGGGCUUGAGUGCCCGCUAUGGGCCCCAGUUCACCCUGCAGCAUGUGCCCGACUACCGCCAGAACGUCUACAUCCCUGGCAGCAAUGCCACACUGACCAACGCAGCGGGCAAGCGGGAUGGCAAGGCCCCAGCAGGCGGCAACGGUAACAAGAAGAAGUCGGGCAAGAAGGAGAAGAAGUAAUGUGGAGGCAGGGCAUGGAGCCCCAGGGCUGCUUCCCCCCCAGCCAGCCCAGCGUCUCCCUACCUGGACCCUGGCCUCACAUUUCCAGGGCUCAUCCCCAGGAUCCUGGUCAGGGCCCAGGCCAUGCGCCCCUUGGGAACCAGAAACAAGUGCCCAGUCAACACCCCCCUUUCUGCCCCCAGGGGAUUGAAUAUGCAAAGGGAGUUCUGCUGGGAACCCCCAUCCAAUCACUUGCUGUGCCCAUGGGGGUAGUGGGGUUAGUGUAGACAUCAUUUAUCACACCCCCUUUAGUUAUAGCUGAACUCGAUCAUCCAAAUUCAGUCAGAUCCAACUGCCUCCCCCCCUACCCAUCCCACCCCACUCUACUCCUUCAACAGCUCCUCUUUCUUGUGUAAGGUGGUUGGGGUGUUGAGGUACCUGGUGACCUAAAAAGGCUCACAGUUCUGAAGAGUUGGAAGAGCAUCAUGACCUCUUGGUCUCUCCUUCAAUUCUCCAGUUUCCCUCAAAGCAUGGUUUGGUGCCAGUCCCUUCACCUCCUUCCAGAGCCAGAGACCAAGCUCAAGUUUUGGGAGAUAGGGUCACCGUUCCCUUGGUACUGAUGCUUGCUGGAUUUAGGGAGGGCAUUUUGCUACCAUGCCUCUUCCCAAUGCCCUAGGGACCAGUUUUUUGUUUCGUUUUGUUUUUCAUUGUUUGAUGUUACCACUGCAUGCUGUGACUUACUCCUCCCCAAACAAGAGACUCCGUUGCAUGUUCCAAGACAGUAUGGGAUAGUAAGAUAAAGAAGGGAAGGGUGUGUAUGUGGAUGGGGGAUGGACAAAGCUCGACCCAUCAGUAAACAGGGUCUUACAAGAGGCUUUGUAUGACUUCAGGGUACUGACCAGAUCCCCAAAUUCCAGCCAUAAACCAAUCACCAGGCUGGACCCUCAUUCACCCACCAAAUAUAGGGCUCUGCCCAGGCAGCCAGCUCUAGGCUGAGCUGCCAGCACCAAUGGAUUUAAACUGGCAUUACAGUCCAAGGAAGCUCUGAGCAGGUUUGGGACCAGGUCCCCAGGAGAGAUAAGGGGGGCCUCUGUGGGUGCUGGGUACUCCACAGGUGCCACUGGUGGAAGGAUCAGUGUGACCCCCACUCACCCCAGCAGGAAGGGAGGGCCAGCUAGGCCAUUCUUAGCCCUGGGUUGGGGAGGCAAGGCGCUAGAGCAGAAACCAAGUGGACAGAAAUUCUCAGCCCUGAAUCAGGCUUCUCCAGAGAGCCCCUGCAUUCCCCAAGGCUCGGUCCUUCACCUUUCCAGGUGCCAUUUCUUCUCUGUGGCCACUGCCCAGGCCCCCAGUCCGCCCCCUAGUGGCCAGAGCCUGGUUAAAGUCCCCAGUGCCUCCUUGUGUAUAAACCUUCCUCUGCCCACCCACUUCUGCCCCCGGAGUCCCGCGUUACGCGGGGCUACGUGAGAACCCCACCCCCCAGUCCUUACAGUAGUGUAGAGCCUCCCUCCCUUUCUCGGCUGGUUUAGAAUAGCCAAUAGUGUAGUGUGGUGUGCUUUUCCGUGAUGGCGAGUGGGCAGCGGGCGGCGGGCUCCGCGCAGCCGUCUGUCCUUGAAUCUGCCUGCGGCGGCCGGUGCUGUGUUUUGUGCUGUGUCCACGCGCUGCGGCGACCCCCUCCCCGGUACUGACUCUUAUAAGCGCUUCUCUUUGCAUAGUCACGUAGCUUCCCACCCCCUUCCUGUGUCUCACGCAAGUUUUAUACUCUAAUAUUUAUAUGGCUUUUUUUCUUUGAAAAAAUAAAAUAAAAAUGUUUCUUCUGAAAGA